AUGACGUUGUAUCGAUUGGUGGUGUUGGGAGAUGGAGGUGUAGGCAAAACGGCACUAACUAUACAGCUCUGCCUGAAUCACUUCGUUGAAACGUACGAUCCUACCAUCGAAGAUUCUUACCGCAAACAAGUCGUUAUUGAUGCACAGGCCUGUAUGCUAGAAGUUCUUGACACUGCCGGACAGGAGGAAUAUACAGCCCUGAGAGACCAAUGGAUAAGAGAUGGUGAAGGCUUCGUUCUGGUAUACAGUAUCACAUCUCGGAAUUCGUACGAUCGCAUAAGAAAGUUCUUCAAUCAAGUACAGCGAGUAAAAGAGUCGCACCAUCCAGCUUCACCCAUUGGUGGGUCUUACCUGCAAGCCCAAAUGCAAAAUGGUCCAGUAUAUACAGGACCUGUGCCUGUUAUGCUGGUUGGAAACAAGAGUGACAAGCAUCACGCGAGAGAGGUAUCGUCUCAAGAAGGUCAAGCAUUGGCAAAAGAGUUAGGCUGCGAAUUUGUCGAAGCUUCAGCUAAAAAUUGUGUGAAUGUUGAAAGAGCUUUCUUCGACGUUGUCCGUGCGCUACGUAAACAGAGGCAGAGUCCUGUGACAGCGUCUGAUCGCAAGCCCCAACAACCGUACAGUUCGAGGAAUCACCAUGAUCCGGAACCUGGACGGCACUCGAAGCAUAAGAGAGGCUCGAAAUGCACGAUAUUAUGA